AUGGGCCAUGUGGAGAAAACCGAUAAAAUUAUUAGUGUAAAUAGUGAACUAACAAAUAUGUGGAAUACAUUUCUUACGCAAUGGUUAGAGGAAAAAUCAAAUGAGGAUAUUUUAAAAACAUUCUCAAUAAUCAAAGAUUGCCUUACAUUACCUCCAAACCUCAAACCAGAAAUAAAGUUUACUCUGUUACCACAGGCGUUGAAAAGAGAUGAUCAUAUUUGUCAUAAACAAAAUAUUAUCGGGUCUGUAAUUUGUGGCCUCACAGAAAUAUUAACCAAUAUGCUGGAAAUGAAUACAGAAAGUGACACAACAGAAUACAUAGGAAACUGCAUAAAACUUUUAUGUCAUACACAUUAUAAAGAGUCUCAAACUCGUAUAGCGGUCAUUUUACCUGGUGUAAAUAAAAACAAUAAAGAAACUUUAGAAAAAACACGUAUCACCAGUUAUUUAUUUGAAAAUGAUAUUACAAAUAUACUUAAAGAAACCAAGAAUUAG